AACUUGCACGGCCGGCCCGGCAGCCUACGAUAGCAACGGCCGAAAUCCAGGGCGACCGGGCCCCCACACGGAGCUACGUGUAGUCUAUUUCUUCCGUGCAUCUCAGAAUUCGAGACCGAUCCGAUCGCAGCAGCAGCAGCCAACAAACAAACAUACCUCCACUCAUUGGAGAGCCGCUGCGCUGCUGCUCGUCGUCCCUCCCUCGGUUCCCCAUUUCUCCACCUCGGAGCAGCCGAGCCGACGCUUCCCUCGCCGCCGACGUCUCUGUGACCGUAACUCACCAUGUCGGGGAUGAAGGAUACCAAUGCUGCUGGGCAAGAUAAUGUUGGAAAUUCUGAACCUAUGGACCAAAGUGGAGAUAAUCCCAUGCCCUCGGCUCAGCAACAGGAACAAGCAAUCAAGAAGAAGUUUGGAGGAUUAAUUCCUAAAAAGCCACCGCUCAUCUCAAAGGACCAUGAGCGGGCCUAUUUUGAUUCUGCUGAUUGGGCUCUCGGGAAGUCUGGACAGCAAGGUGUUGCGAAACCCAAAGGACCGCUCGAGGCACUCAGGCCAAAGUUGCAGCCCACACGACAACAGCAACAGCGUUCAAGGAGCUCUAUCUACAGUUCAUCCGAAAACGAGGAUGGAGAUGGCGCUGGGUCGGAGGACAUGAAUAUCAACUGAUCAACAGCGUGGAAACUCCUGUUGUCGGUGCGAAGGCGCCUCGUCGUCUGAAGAAGCAGCUUGCUUUCAUUGUCUGUGGACCGCAGGGAAGGGAUGUAUGCUUGCGUCCAUAGAUAAGAAAAGAGACGGUUGUGAUUUCAAGGACUGCGGCUGCGGGUUUGUAAUUCAUCGAACAGCUACCUUGCUAUGUGCCCAAAUGUUACUGUUAUAGACUGGACCAUUGUCCUAUUUGUGAAUGGAUAUCUCUGAUUUUGAACACCCA